UCGAGUCACAUCUCUAUUAGGUGGUUAGAAAAAAAAAUAACAGAUACCGUAUGGCGUCAGAUUUUUGGGCGUCAGAAUAAUAAUCUUCUAUUACUGGCGUCAAAGAACUAAAUAGCAUUAUGUGCUCUGCCAUAUAUACACAGGAAAUAAAGAUUGAAAAACUGUGUCGAACAUGUUUAUCAAAAGAAAGCGAAUUACAUUCUUUGUUUGAUGUAUUUGUCGAUAAUGUCACUCUUGAUUGUAUAGUUACCGCAGUUACUGGAAUUAAGAUUCGAAAGGGCGAUGGACUGCCUUCAACAAUAUGCUGUGAAUGUAGGGAUAAAGCUGAAAAAGCAUAUUACUUUAGGACAAAAUCACAUGAGGCUGAUACAUCGUUAAAAGAAUUCUUCAAGAAAGAUAAAUUUGAACAUGUCAUCCACAGCAAAGUGUCUCUAAAGCCUAUUACUACCAGUGUAAAAAUAGAACAUUUAACAGCAAAUGAUGCAGAUGAUUUUUCUGAUAGUGAAUUUCACGUACCGAUCGAAAAUGGCCCAGACGACUUGACAGAUUUAAGUUUAGAACCAGUAAAAGAUGAAAGAGCUCAAGAAAAUUCUUCAUUUUUUGAAUGUAAAAAUUGUUUAAUAGUUUUUGAAACUCAAGAAAAACUGCAGGACCAUAAUAGGAAAAAGUGUAUAAAAGUUGAAAUUGAAGAUACCAAUGGCACCUACUGUCCACUUUGUGGAACUUGUUAUGAUGGAGUCGAAAACCUAUCAAAACAUUUGUGGGAGUAUCAUGCUGAAGUCAUGGGUCCAAAAAAGCGAGGGAGACCUAAGAAAAUGCUGACAAGUACAAUAUUGGACAAGCUAUCAGAAAACGGAUUUUAUAUUACUACUGUCCCUGUGAAAAAAUAUGAUUGUUCUUUUUGUACAGAGCAAUGUUACACCAAAGAAGAAUUAGAAAAUCAUGUGUUGAAACACAAAGAUAUGAAAGUAUUGUGUUGUAUUACAUGUAAGAAAAUGUUUUUAAAACGGCAAAGCUUUGAAGAACAUGUUUGCUCUGAAGAUAAAACUGACAACAAACAAAAUCAUGAAGAUGUGUCCGAUUUGCAAACCGCUAAAAAUAAAAUAUUAAAUUAUCUCACUGAGAUGUCAUUGCAAGAACUUUUGGAACCUAAUUGUGAUGUGGAGAAUUUCAAUUUCCUAAAAGUGUGCAGCGCGUGCAGCGCCGUAUUUUUGUCAGAAGAGGAUCUCAUCAACCACCACGACGGGGAACAUCCCGAAUUAUCGCUUCGUUGCAAUCUCUGUACUAAGGUAUUCGCAACUGUAAAGUCAGCAGCACGACAUAGGACUAUUUGUAAACAAGUUGAAAGGAAUCAUAAAUGUAGCACCUGUGGUCUCAAAUUUGCUUACGAGAUAUCUCUUAACAAACACAUUCUAAGAUAUCACCAAGGUCAGAGCGUGUCCAUCACAUUUACGGAUUCCAUAGCGAAGCAGGAGGAAGAUAAACAAUACCAGUGCGAUACGUGCAAUAGAUAUUUCUUUAGAAAAGAAUUGCUCGCCAAACAUGCAAAAAUUCAUAUGCCCAAUCAAAAAUAUUUCCAGUGCGAUAUAUGUGAAAAGAAAUUUACAAGAAAAGAUAAUUUAAGGUCACACAAGCGCAUCCAUGACCCACACAGAGAGAAAGGUCCAACGAACACUUGUUUAUGUCUAUACUGCGGUCGUAGUUUCUCGAAUUCGUCCAAUCUUAUUGUCCAUAUGCGUCGUCACACUGGCGAAAAACCAUAUAAGUGCGACUUUUGUGGCAAAGGUUUUCCAAGAUCGUCUGAUCUUCAGUGCCACAGACGCUCACAUACUGGCGAGAAGCCAUGCAUUUGUCGAGUUUGCGGAAAAGGUUUCUCGCGUAGCAAUAAGCUGACACGGCACAUGCGCGUGCACACAGGCGUGCGCCCGUACAAGUGUACGUAUUGCGAAAAGGCGUUCUCACAGAGCAAUGAUCUCACGCUGCAUAUCCGUCGACACACCGGCGAUCGGCCCUACAUAUGUGAAGUGUGCGGAGAUAGAUUCAUUCAGGGUACUGCGCUACAGAAUCAUCGACGUGCCCACGGUCAUUUUCCAACCGCUGCAGCCGAGGUAGACCCCCAGGCUCAAGGUCUACAGUACUCAGUUCAAAAUAUAGCUCAGAAUAGUCAUUAACAAUUAUGAGUAGAUUAUUAUCAAUAUUAAUUUAAAGUUGUAUGAGUAGAUCAGAAUGUAAUAAAGUAUAUUAAACACAGUA